CUCCCUCCUCCUCUGCGCGUCACGUGCGAGCCGGCCUGGUCAUGUGAACUCGGCGCGUGGGGGGCGGGGAACCCGGAAGUGGCCUGCUCCUCCCCCUCCCCCAUUUCUCUCUCGGGUCGGGGAAGCGGCGAGGAGGAGGAGGUUGGCGUGGUCGUGGUUGUCUCUGAGCGGGUGCAGAGGGCGCCGAGGAGGAUGGCGGGGCAGUGCCUCUGAGCAUGGGCGGACCGCCUCUCUGCCUGCAGGGGGGUUGUUGGGAGCCGCAGCCAGGCAGGCGGGGUGAGGGAAGCCACUCCUGGAGCAUGAAUCACAAGACGUUCCAGGGAGAGAGAUUCGCUUGGCCUUUCAUCAACGGACAAAGAGUCGUAGUUUGGAGGCGUCAGCCAAGACAGUCUUCAGUCCCCAAGCAGGAGUCCAAAUGGCUCCCGAUAUGCUAAAUGAGGAGCCCCCCAAAAUCACUCAGCUGACUUGAAUUUUCUGUGGACAAUGGCUCUGUUGUUGCUCUUGUCCUGACUGGGCGAACAUCUGUGCUCCUUCAGUUCUGAGUGUGGUCUGUGGAGCUGCUUUGGAAUUGAGCAUCUUGGUUGAAUGUGCUUGGCAUGAAAACAAGGCUAAGGGGCCCUUGUUGGCAUCGGCAUCAUAAGGAAACCCCCCAAACCACCCCUUGGGGGGAUUUGGCCAUCCAGAUCCAAAACCCACUCUGGACUGAAGCGGGCGGCGGGUAGAUGGAGCAGUGAAUAACUUUCUUGACAAUGAAUCCAGUUCUGUGCCAUCUCUUUUGGAAGAGAUGCCCUUCAUGACGAUAAUGAGAUGUGUGGUGAAGAGAAUUUGAGUUAAAUGGCUGGCUCUGUGCAGUCUGAUCCAGCCCCCAGUGCCUGGUGGAAGUACUUUUUCCUCUACGAUGGCUCAAAGGUGAAGGAAGAAGGAGACCCCACGCAAGCCGGGAUUUGCUAUUUCAACCCCCGCCAGACUCCUCUGGACCAACAGGAGUUACUGUGCGGGCAGAUAGCCGGCAUGGCCCGCUGCGUAGCAGAGAUUUCUGGCUCUCCGCCGGGCCUCAUCCGUAUGAGAAAAGCCAAGUUUGCUGUGAAAGUGGAUGGAAACUACCUCUGGGUACUGGGCUGCACAACUGACCUUCCUGACAUCAGCUGCAGGCAGUUCCUGGAGCAGCUGAUUGGACUCUUCCGCUUCUAUCAUGGACCCCUUCAUCAGGCUUACCUGGAAUGUGCGCAAGAGGAGCUGGACCAGGAAUGGGAGCGGUAUGCGGAGCACCUGCAGCGGAACACCAGUGACCUGCACCGGAUCUUCAACUCCCUUUGGGCCUUGGACAAAACCAAAGUGGACCCACUGCUGUUGCUGAAAGCGGCCCUCACCUUACAGGCCUGCCAGCGCACGUGCCAUGUGCUGGCCGGGUGCAUUUCCUACAAGGGACUGGUUGUCAGCACACAACUGCCACCUGACCUCAGUGCCAAAGUUCUGCUGCAGGAAAUGGAGGCAGACCCAAAGGGUGAGCCAGAAAAUGCGGCUGAGCUGCAGACUCAGGAGCCCUCUUUGCCUCAGGGGGUAAGGAUCACCACUGUUUACCUCUUGGAAGAUGAAGCAGCCCCCCUCUGGGACCUCCCUGUGGAAUGGAUGACCAGGUUCCAGGGAAGCCCAGCCAGCAGCAAAGAAGGGAAGACUUCCGCUGGAGCAACCAGCAGGUCAGGCGGUGCCCCGUUGGUGAGGAUGGCCUUGUAUGUCCACCACGUCCGAGGCUUGGUGCUCUCCCUCCUGGCUGAAGAGCAGUUCGCACACGCCAGAAGCUCUAUUGAGGAUGUGUAUCACAGCAGCCUGGCCUCCCUGAACGGCUUGGAGGUCCACCUGAAGGAGACCCUCCCAAAGGCCAGCCUCUCCUUGGCCAAGGCCACCUAUGGCUUUGCGCACUACGAUGCCCUUCAAAAUGUCCUCGCCACCAACUUCCUGCCGACCACCAACCCCCAGGACCGUCCCUUCCUGAGGGCAGCUAGCCUGAUCCAUGCCGACUUCAACCAGCUGCCCAGUGCUUCAGAAAUAACUGUCAGGAAUGCCUCAGUGGCCGUCUACGCCUGUCGGAAUGCCGUCCACGAAACGUACUUCCAGCAGGAGGGGCCUCCUUUCCGCAACUCUGGGGUGCCUAACCCCCACGACGCGGCCUUUGGGCUGCCCAGCAAGGCCAAGCAGAAGCUGCUGAAGCACGGAGUGAACCUCCUCUGAGCUGGUGAUGUGCGUCCUCGCAGCAGCUACAACCCUGCAGAGCGUUGGCCAGUCUUGUUUAAAUGUGUCGAGUUCCAGGUGCCUGGAGGAAGCCUCUCUACGGCCAGGCCGUCAGCCGCUCCUCUCAUAUGCUCCCCCAGGUGCAUUUAAGUGCAAGUGGCGAGGCUCUGGUGCUCACUGUGCCACACCUUCACUCCUUUGCCAAAGAAAGCCCCUGCCAGCUUCCCCAUCCCUCCCUUGGCAGGUCCUCCUGCACCACCUCCCUUCUUCCUGGAGACGUGCUCCUGCCUGGGGAAAGGGACAAGAUAGCAGCUCAAUCCCUUCCAGGCUUCUUUGGAGAGCCUCUCUACCCUUCUGGAAAAGCGUGUGGGGCUUACACCUCCUGAAACGACAUCUUUGGCUGCAGCUCAUCUGCAGACUCCUGCCUGUGGAAAACUAGUGUAUCGAAGAUUUCCUUGUCUCCCUGACAUGCUAAUUUUCUCUCUAGUGGAGGGUUUGCUGUGCUGGGGGGGGGGGGGACAGCUUCAAAACCAAAUCAGUUUCCUUCCUUGGGGGACUUUUUCUAAAUUAGCCUACCCCCCGUUUGAUGCUGUCCACAUGUUUUGGACUACGCCUCCCUUUCAAAGGCUGUUCCAAGCUAUAGAUCAGCUCUAAGAUGGUGGGUGAUGCUUGGUGUUGGCAUUUCCUGUUACUUUGCAGCUGAGGUCCUGUAAUGACUCUUGCCCUCCACCCCAGGCAAUUCCCUUGGCCCAUCCUGGCUCUUCUCAGUUGAACAUGGUCUGGCUGCACCCUCUCAUAGUCCUGAGAGCCCACCCUCUCCACAGCUGCUGGGACUUGAGAAGGAGCCAUGUGUUGCUUCUCCAGCCCUCCCCCCCCUUCUGAACCGGAUGUCUGUCCUAUUUAUAGCCCUCUUGGGCAAGUGGGACCAGAUGGCUUCAUGUAGUCCCCUCCCCCCAAGCCAUCAGCUGAGGCUAAUUCAGUUCUGUGUCAGGUGCCUCUAUUGGAUCAGACAUUUGCAAUGGGAAAGUACCCGAGUGCCAUCGCAGGGUGAUUGGGACUGGACAGGUUGACCUCCACACUUCAGCUCUGUAAGCGGCACAACGUCCCGAACAAUAAAGUUGCCAGCCUGGGCCUUGAGGCCUCUCUCUGGGUUCUUCCUCCUGCUUCUUCCCUAGGCAGGGCAGUGGGAUGAGGUCAGCAGGCUUUAAAAGCCCCUCUUCUUCCUCCUGGAAAGUCUGGCCCCCAGUUCCGCUCAGCUGUCUGCCUGCUCUGUUGGAACGCAGAGCGGCACAUGCCCCCAACUGCUUGCCAGGGGGCAACGCAGAGAUUGGGGGCACUGGAAGGCAUUAGGGCUGCGGGUGGUUUGGUUUUGAGCCAGACGGGUGUUUGCAUAGCAACAAAGGCAAGGAAGUAAAACACCUUCUGUGCCUGUACAGAAAAGCCACGGCUGCCAUCUGUGUGUGCCAUAUGUUGGCAGCAGAUGGAAGAACUGUCCUCCCCCAAGGAAGAGACUGAAAGAAGCCCUUCUUGGAGGGAGCCAUAGGGUGAGCAGACCCCCCCCCCAAAAGCAGUCACAUAUUCCCCUCUAUGCAUCCCAAGAGCACAACUUCUAGAAUUCCCUGUCCUGUUCAUAAGUUUGCAUUUCCUCCCAAGAGCAAGUUCCUAGUCCUUAUGGCUGCAAAUAGGUGAGGCGUGAAGGCCUGGUGGAACUGCACUGGCCUUGAUGCCAGGAGCGCUUGAGCAUUGGUGCCAUGUUGAUUUCUUCCCCUCUUCAGCGCUAGCAGAAUAAUUCUGCAAAAUGGGCUGCUGCACUAACAUCCUGCCAAGGGCAGCCUUUGCCAACCACAGCUCUUUUGGACUAUCAGCUUGAGGGCAGCUUAGUCCCAAACAGCUGGAGGGUGUCCGGUUGGCAAAGGCUGACAUAAUGUUUGGACUGGCUUUUUGCAUACAAGCUCUAGACUUCCCCCCCUUGGUUGCUCCGACAACACACCUUUGUGCCUCCCCGCCCUUUUUGGAGAAGGAAGUUGCUGCCCUCAACCUUCUCUCCUUCCUUGGGAUUCUGCAGCUACAGAGGUGUCCCAUGCCGGCAGAACCCAACGCUCCAGUCCUGGCUCCAGCCUGGCACAAAGGGCAAGGCAUAGUUUUCUGGCGCACCCUCCCCCCAAGCCAGCAUGAGCUCCACAUCCUCACCAAUGUCAACGGUCAGCACAACUGUUUUAUUGGUGGCAGUUGCUGGCACAAAUACUACCGGGCCAUCACGCGCUGAGCUGAACCCCCUUGCCUGCGCUGUAAAACUUCCUCCGGCUACUCUCUCAGCUUGGGAAGGGGUGCAGAGGAAACGAUGCGUGGCUGUCGCUCUCCCCCAUGCAAAGAUGGUGCUGCAAUGGAAGUUCCAACUGGCUGAACAGCCGCCUCUUGCCUGCGGAGCUGGUCCCAUGCGGCGGGAGCUCCAGAAGGCCAGCCCUCCUCUCGCCUCCACUGCUGCCACUUCCUCCAAAGAAGGCCAAGCGGGUGCUGGAUGCUUGCCCUGAGCCGAAAGCAGAAAGCAGGGGCCAAAGGGAUGAGAAGGCACACGCAAGCAGAUGCAAAGCUUGAGAAAAGGGGCCUGGGCUCCCACAUGACUUGCCCCCAUGCUGGGGGGCACUGUUCCCUCACCUCAGUCUGCUCUCAGCGGCUGCGGCCGGAAUGGCGCAGGAGACCUGCUUUCUUGCAGUAAAUGGGGAAAAACAGACCGGGGGGGGGCUUUUAGGCCAUCCCAGCCCCUCACUGCAGGAGCAAGGACAGUGUCCUACUGAGCCACCCUCCCGUCCCUCUUGAGUUUUCCUUGUGUUCUUCGGGUAGGCCAAAGGGAUGCUUUUGUCUUUAAAGAGAACGGCAAACAGUUGACACAGCUACAUUCAUCAAGAGCACCCUGGGGUUGGUAGAAUCUAAGAUCUGGACACUGCAAAACAGCAACGUUAACACACACAACAGCGGCACUGC